UGAAAAGUCAUUCAGUCAUUUUCAGUCUGUCAAAAGAAAUCGGAACUUGUGCUCGUAUUUUGUGAAUUUGAUUUUUGAGAAGCUUUUCAACAAUGCCUCGUCGAGGACGUUCUGCGAGUCCCCCACCAGCCCCACAGCGAAGGGCUGCUGCGCCUGCUCCGGCUCCAAGCCGUGUCCCGGCUCAUGCUCCUCCAUCAGCCCCCGCCCCAGCGAUGGCGCAGCCUCAGCAGCCGUCGUUAUUCGGCCAAAUGGCAGCCACUGCUGGUGGUGUAGCUGUCGGAUCAGCUGUGGGUCACAUGGCCGGUAGUGCUCUAACUGGGAUGUUCAGCGGAGGUAGCAGCAGUGAGCCAGCACCACAGCAGCAGCAACCAGCGCCUGUCCAAAACUACAACCAACAACCUCAGCAGCCCACCGGACCCUGCGCCUGGGAGAUCAAACAGUUCAUCGAGUGCGCUCAACAACAGCACGACCUCACCCUUUGCGAGGGCUUCAAUGAGGCCCUACGUCAAUGCAAAAUCAACAACCAUAUCUAAAUCUCCAACUGAGGCUGUCGUGAAUUCCUCCAAAAUGCUUCUCUUCUCCCGGAAAUCAUUAUCUCUGUUUUGCCAAACAUUUACAAGGACAAUACUAUCAUUCAAAGGCUCCCUGAACAUAAAAACUUUCAGUUUCAAUCGGAAGAUGCGACAGCUUCCUAGUAGCUUUUACUUCUGAAUAAGUAAACGGGAGAAGGCAUAGACAUUUUUAGACAAAUUUUUAGUGCUUUAAUUUUGUUUUAU